CGCAAUGAUCUUAGCAGUUGCUCCCAAAAUGAACAGCUUAAGCCUAAUAGUGAUACUGGUCGUGUUGGUCGGACUGGGGUUGACCCACGACUACCGUAUUCCGAUCAGUAAAAAACAUCGCCGUGGUGAACGAAAUUUUGCGACCAGACCGUACGCAGAAGUUGGACGUCGUCAUCGCACCUAUAAGCGAGGAGUGAACAAGACUCAUCCGUUCGAGCUUGGAAUCGGUUACUACUACCAGAUGGAUAUUAUGCUGAAGCCGGAGGUUGCCCAGAACGCUAUUCCAAACAUCUACACAAACAUUAGAUGGCCGAACGCCAUUGUCCCUUACGUGAUUACUGGAAACUUUUCUGCCACCGAAGUCUCCACCAUCCAGCAGGCAAUGACCCAGUACGCUCAAACAACGUGCGUACGGUUUGUGCCCUACACCAACCAGGCUACCUUCAUCACCAUUGACAACAGUGCAUCCGGAUGCUGGUCGUACGUGGGUCAUAGCACGAACAACAGCUACAACCACGUGAACCUGCAGACCCCGAGUUGCCUGACUACGGGAACCGUCGCCCACGAGCUGAUGCACGCCAUCGGAUUCUACCACGAGUUCACCCGGCCGGAUCGUGACGACUGGGUGACGAUCGACACUGGAGCAUUGGCCACUCAGUAUCAGACAACUGCCUUCUACAACGCAAACUUCGCCAAAAUGUCGGCAGCGCAGGUUGAACUGUACGGAAUUCCGUACUACUACGGUAGCGUGAUGCACUACUCCAAGUGGGGAGGCGCCGUGAACUACAGCAGACCGGUGAUGAACAAUAUUCAACCGUGGACCGGUGACUUUGGAAACAAGACCGGACUGUCGACGCCCGACAUCCUUGCAGUCAACUACAUGUACUGUAACAACACUGUAACAACCACCGCUGCGCCAAUCACUACUACCACAAUUUUGCCAACCACCACAACGACUGCAUCUACAACUACUACUACCACAACUACAACUGCCAAGCCAACCACUACAACAGCAAAGCCCACAACAACGGCAGCACCAACAACGACAACUACAGCGAAGCCUACAACCACAGUGUCGACCACCACCGUGAAGACUACGACCCCGAGGCCGAAUGAUUGGUGUCUUCGGUUCUGAGGAUUUUUCUGAGCCUUCUUCUGAGGAACCUGUUACUUUGUUCUGGCAAAAGGCAAGUUCUGUAGAAACAAAUGCAACAAACGAAUCUUUUUUUGUUUAUAUGAAUAAAAUCUGAAAUAAAAAUAAUAAUAGAAAAUUU